UCAUUACUCCAUUUUUGAGUUUUUUUUUUGUAACAAAAAACAUGGCGAGAUCGCUCAAGAAAUCAGCCAAGCUGAGUCUACGACGAGUCCGGAUCAACUCACCGUCGAUUAGGUUCAAACCUGACUCGAGUUCCAUAGAGAGAGACCAAAGAAUCGAGUUUCUUGGCCAAAAUGCCGAUGAUGCUGGAUCAACAGGAGAAGAAAGCAAAGUCGUCCAAAACAACCAAAGUGAAGAGACUGAAGACAAACAAGAAGAAGAGAUCGUCAAGGUAAUAAUACUGAAAGAAGAAAUAGAAGAGGAACAAGUACAAGAUGAUUGCAAAAGCUUUAAGAAUGGAGGCGGAGAAGGGAAGAAAGAGGCGGUAGUAGCGGUUGAGGCGGUUAAGGAGGAGGAGAGCGAAGGCGGAAACAGAGUAAUGGUGGUUGUGGAUAAAGCCCUUGCUUCCACGGGAGCUUUGGAGUGGGCUAUAACACAUACCUUACAACCACAAGACACUCUUUUUCUGCUUUAUUUUGCAAAACCAUUCACAAAAGGCAAAAGGAAGAACCGAAAACGCGAGGUGAAAACUGAUGAACUAGUCCAUACUCUGAAGAAACUGUCCCAAACAAAACGACCAGGGAUAGAGGUGGAGAUAAGGAGGCUAGAAGGGAAGGACAAAGAGAAAGGAGCAAAGAUUGUUGAAGAAGCAAAGAAACAACAAGUGAGUCUUCUAGUGGUUGGACAAGAGAAGAAGCCUCCUGUAUGGAGGCUACUGAAGAGAUGGGCUUGGAAGAGACGCCGUGGACACGCCGGCGUUCUCAAAUACUGUCUCGAAAACGCUUCUUGCAUGACUAUAGCUGUUAAACCAAAGAAGCGCAAGCACGGUGGUUACUUAAUCACCACCAAACGCCACAGAAACUUCUGGCUCCUCGCUUAAGGACCACCACCACCACUGCAAAGUCUUCAUCCUUUUAUUUUGUGUUUGAAUCAUCAAAAAGCUUUCAAAUAAAUUUUAUCUUUUUCAUCACAAGAAUUAUCAACAAUUUUCAUCUGUU